CUCGCGCCUCCUCUUCCGAGACACAUCUGUUUCUUCAGAUACCUCCAGUGUGUAUGUAUAGAAAAUAAAAGGAUGCUGAGGCUUUGUUAUAUGAAUGUAUUAAAUCAAGGAUGAAGAGAUAAAAUCCGACCAGCUUAAGUAAACGAAAGGGGAGGGGAGAUGUUUGCUGUUGACUGAAGUCCACUCCAAGAACCAAAAUGAAGAGGAGGCUGCUGCGUGGGUUCCUGUCGGAAAUUUCCAUCCGGUUGGCUCUUCUGUUUGUAUUCCUCGUGACAGAGCAGCUCCCCCCUUUCUACAGAGAGAUCCAGGCCGAGGAGAUGUGGCUUUAUAAAUUCCAUCGUGUGGAAUCAGACCACGUACCAACCUCUCUCAUGUUUAGUGUGGCUGUUUUCACCCCCCUGAUUGUAAUCUUGAUUUUUCACCUAUUGAAAAAGUCUGAGGAGGGAGAUCUGAGAGAAGCAUCAUUGGCUGUAACUCUGACUCUGGUGCUCAAUGGAGUUUUUACCAACGUCAUCAAACUUGUUGUUGGGAGGCCGAGACCAGACUUCUUCUAUCGCUGUUUUCCAGACGGUCAGAUGAACUUGGAGCUGCGAUGCAGUGGUGACCCAGACGUUGUCACAGAGGGAAGAAAAAGCUUCCCUAGCGGACAUUCCUCCUUUGCUUUUGCAGGUUUGGGUUUCACCUCAUUGUACAUCGCAGGAAAGCUGCGCUGCUUCAAUCCAGCUGGCCAGGGCCGAGCAUGGCGGCUGUGUAGCUUCCUUACCCCUUUACUCGUCGCUGCUGUAAUCGCCCUCUCCAGGACCUGUGACUACAAGCACCACUGGCAAGAUGUGUUAGUGGGGUCACUGCUGGGUCUGGCCUUUGCCUGGCUCUGCUACCGACAGCACUUUCCUCCAGUUCAGGACCCGGAUUCCCACAGGCCGAUCCGUCACAGAGACACGGUUCCAGCUGCACAGGAGCGAAAGUUGACCAACUCUAACUUCCUCCUGCCUCUGUAGCCACCUGAAGGGUCGCCAUUUCCACUGCGUUCUAAAGAGAUAUGUGGAACUCUGUUUUUUCUAAAGCUGUUGGGUUAUAAAAAAAAAAUUGUGUGUGUUUAUCCUAACUAUUUUCAUUUGUAGGUUUGAAAAUUCUAUGAAUGUGAAUGAAUUACUACAACAUCAACAGUUCCAGUUUGGCAAACUAAAGCUGAACAUGUCUGAUUGGUCAGUUCUUGGGUUGUCAUGAUUUCAUUCCCCACAUGACCAACUCUUCAGCUCUUUAGGUCAUGGCGACUGAGCCGUUUUUACUACACACCCACUGCAGUCUUUGGCUCAACUGCUUUGGCCAUUAUUAAUUGAUUGAUUGUUAAACUUGCAACUUUUUCCAACAAGCAGAGCUAUGGUGUUUAUUUGCACUACUCUUUAUUCUUGACUGUAUUGAACAUGUUUAGUUUUAAAGGCUAAAACCUGAGGGUGUGUUUAAGAAAAAGAAAAAUCUGGCCUUUGAUCAUCUGCUGGUAUUGACGUAAUCUCCACUGAAAAAAUAAGAAAUAAGUCAGGAGCAGAAACAUGAAUCUAUUUGGAGUUUGGGGGCAUUUUCCUGCUUGUGGUUUUGGACUCAAAGUAGCCAAAGCACAACCCUGAAACCCUGCAGGAUAUUGCCUUAUUUCUUAUGGAAGGAUUAUUAGGAGGGUGACAUGUGAAUUGACCUUAAUUUUCUAACUUCCAUUCCAUUCCUUCUCCUUGAAAAGCAUAUUUCAUAUUGUUUCAAACUGCGUUCAUUCCAUGUUUGUUCAAGCUUGUUUUUCCAUGACAUAUUGCAAAGUCUCUCAUUUGACAUGGUGAGGGUUUAUGCAAUGAGUUUUUCAUUGCAAAAAGACAAAGACCACGAGGUCAUCAGUUGCAUCUCCCUCAUUAAGCUCAGACUCAAAGGAGCUAAGCUGCUACAGCUGAUCAUCACACACUUGAUAAGCUUAAAGCUAAAUAACACCUUCAGUCAUGUUAAUGAGUGAGGGGGAGAAAAAAAACAACCCCCACUCCAUCCUUUUUCUGCCUCACCAUUUGGCAUUCCCACUCUCUCCACAUACUCCUAUGGAAAAGGUCCACAAUCCGUUAUCAGUCACAGAUUGGCGUGCUUCUAAACAGGAGUGUCGCAGCGUAGAAGUAGCAUCACUGAAAGACUAUCUUUUUAUGUUCAAACUUCUUUUCUCAAAGACUGAUCACUAUUGAUUUAGAAAAGCUUGAUGGAUUUAGAUCAACCGUGCAGCACUGGGACUUUUUUCAGUCACAGAUGAUUUAGGACCACAAAUAAAUACUCUGGCAUUUAGGAAUCAUAUAUAUAAAUUUUUAGCCACAGCUGUUAUCAAAGAUAUUGAAUAAAUUAAUGUUAAUAGUCAUGCAGCUUCAUUAAUGCCCAUCCUCCAUGGCUUUGCCAUUAUUACCCGUGUAUUGUUGCCUUUUUUGGAUUGUUUCAAGUCUUCCUGUAGUAUAUUUUGGAUGGUGUUGUUUACUGUUACUUUGUUGGUUUUUAGUCUCUGGCUUCAUGUGCCAAACUCAUAGUACAAGAAGCAAAUGUAGCAGAGCCACUCCGUGCUUUUCACCAUGAUCCUAGUGCCUGCUGUACUUUAAAUGUAACUUUAGUCUCUGCUAUAGUGGAACAGCCCAUCUGGUCAUAUUCUUACAGGGUUUUAUGACGGUAAAGGAACGAUUUCCUGCAGUGGAUCUUAGGGGUACUGUAUGUCUGUUUUUUGUGGAGGUCUGGCUCUGUGGAUUACUUAUACGGGUUAAUUUCUUGAAAUUGGAUUUUACAUCAAGAAAAGAAGAGAAACAUAACAGGAGGUAGUUCUAGUAAUAGGCACAGGGUGUAUAAAAGCCUCACUGUAGAGCUUUAAGCAAAUACCACAGCUUCACUGGAUUAAUUCUCAAAUAAAUAGAAAAAAUGUAUAACAUGAUCUUUUUAUUUUAAAACAGAUUACAACAAUUAUUCCAUCAUAAUGUAGAUUUAAUACUCUUAUAAAUUGGUAGGUUUUUUUGAGUAAAUGUGCUUAUUGUCUGUUCAGUAGUAUAUUUUUAAAAGAUUAACUGGUUAAUAUUAUUUUUCAGUUAGUCUGUCUUCUCAUGUAGCGAGUCUUCUGCACAAACAUGCUGACUGCAUCGUUUAAAGAUAAGCUAAUAAACAGGUUCUGUUACCAGAAGUGAUGGGUAGCAACUCUUACAUUUUAACACCAUAAGGGUUUGUUUUUAUUUUGUUUUGCAGCCAUAAAUAUUUCCAGGCAGACGAUGUUUUCUAAGAUAGAUGAUUGCGUUAGCCUUCCUUCUGCCAGCUGACUUGAAAUGGAAAGUUGGAGACGGACGGCACUAAGUUACUCCACCGACUGUAGAACCAGAUUUUUUUGUUUGAUUUAAAGGGGAACAGACCGUAACUUCUUUUUCUGCUGGUGCUAACCUUGCAUUUCUCCUGCUGGCCAGGUGCUGUAAAUGGCCAAAAAUUAAAAUCUCACUUUUUAUUACAUUUAAUUUAAAAAAAAGGAAAUUGUAAACUUGUUUUUGUUCAGUUGUAGUGUGAUUUUUCUGUUUCAUGUUAACAUUUUGUUCAUCUUCCGGAUGAUGGCAGCUACAGAGUUUGCAGCCUCAAAGCGCAUCUGCCCUCAGAAUCACAGCACUCAUAUCAGAUUUAUCAGGAAGGAAAUGACAGAUAAUUAGUGAAUUUGAUUACUCUACAGCUCUUGUUUGGUGGGGGAAAAAAAGUCCACGCUGUGUUUUGCAGCAUUUGCUUGCCCUGUUAUUUUACAUGUAAGAACUCUGUUGUUAAAAUGCAACUCAGUGUUUUGAUGUGGCAUGCUGCCUUUCUUUACCUCAGAAAGAAACCUGUUCAAAAUGUUACUUUUGAUGCCAUCAAGUGUGAAUGUUUUUAAUAUGGACAAGCAGAUCAUAGGAUCAAGCGUAUUUAAUUUUAUGGCAAACUUGACUUUACAUUAAUAUUGAUUUUUGUUCAGAUGUGAUGCUCAUUAAAUUUAGGAUUCAUAUUCUAGGGCACUUUGUUGUUGUUGUUUUUCUGAUAGGCUGCUUCUUUUUGAUAAAACUGCAUGUUUCACUGUUAAACAAUAACUAAACUCACAACUCCUGUUCAUCAGUUAGUUGUAGUUUGUAUUUCAUGUAAUCUGUUUUAGGUUAAUGCUACGGUUUCUGCUCUAAUGUCAGGGAAAUUAUUCACAGAACUGCUUGCUAGCUUUAGCUCACGGCCACAUGUAGCUGCUCACGCUGAUAUGAUGUCCUGAUUUUCUUUUUUUCUUUUUGUCAUUCCAAGUUGUAAUGCUUUCUAUGAACACUUUACUGUGUUGGGGAAAUACUCCUGGUAUUUGUAAUUUCAUUAUUUUUUUUGUGUUUGUUUGUUAAUUAAUUGCAAAAUAAAACCAGAAAUGUAU